AUAAAAAAGAAGAUAGAGAGAGAAAGAGAAAGAGAAAGAGAGUGUGAAGAGAGAGAGAGAGAGAGAGAGAUGCGGUGUUAUGGCUUAACAAUCCCCGGAAGCGAUAAUCGCUUCUUCCUUCCAUCACUAACUCCAGUAUCAUUCAGGCCCACAACAAGACCCGUAACCCGAAUUUCAUUUACAAAAGCCAAAUCAACCUUCAACGACGGCGUGGUGGCGGAAGAACUAAGCUUCUACGAUCUUCUGGGUAUACCUGAAACCGGUUCCUUAAUGGAUAUCAAACACGCUUAUAAACAACUUGCACGAAAGUAUCAUCCUGAUGUAUCUCCACCGGGUCGGGUCGAAGAGUAUACAAAGAGGUUUAUUCAGGUACAGGAGGCUUACGAAACGUUAUCUGAUCCUUCAAGGAGAAUCAUGUAUGAUACUGAUAUGGCUAGAGGCGUUCACCUUGCUUUCAGUGCUCGUAAACGCUAUAAUCUCUCUCAUCAGGCGAGCGAACAAAAAGGCGAAUGGAAAUCUCGUUGGCAAUCUCAACUCUCUGACCUGAAGAGAAGAAGUAAGAGCAAGGAUGCCGCCGGAAACAUGUCGUGGGGGGCUCGAAUGCGCCAGCAGAGGGAUGAACAAUGACUACAAUUUUCGUUUCUUCUGUAUGUGUAUAAUAACUGUAUAUAUAAUAAUAUAUAUAUGUAUUUAUUCAUACUCUACAACUUAUCCGAUAUAACAUCGAUGUUUUGAAAAAUAUACGCACUUCGCAGUAUGAAACCAUAUAGUUU